AUGGCGCACACCGAGCCUCCACGCCCCGAGCCCACCGCGAACGAGCUUCGCUUCUACAAAUGGCGACGUCUGAUCCCGAAUCAGCCAUUCGAGCCUUACGGCUAUAAGCUGGACCAGUUCUUCCAAACCGGUCGUAGCCUGGUCCAGGGCGACCUCGACGGCCUACAGGACACAAUCAAGAUGCUGGCCAGCGAGCAUGGCUGUCACUCAAUACGAGAGUUGGUCGAGCAGCGCAUUCAACAAUGCCAGUCCCCGCAGGCCCGCCUUGAUCUCUGGAUAUCUUGUGUCCGACCUUUAUUUGAUAUGCUUACAGAGCCCAGAGUCACGCGGUCUACUAUUCUGGAGACGUACGUUGGUACCAUAUUCAACGCGUUUCUAGGCUACGGUGCAGCUCGACUGGGUCAUUUGUAUGGCUUUCUGGACCAUCUUGCCAGGCAUUGGCCACCUCCCGGGUUGACCAGCGAUGGCCCCAAAAGCACCUUCUUGGAACUUUGCACCACCAUAUUGGCGAAGGUCAUCGAGUGCAACUCCCUUGCGUUGCUCGGCGACGUCGCACCACCAAUCGUGGGGCGCUUCGAGGCAUUGGUCGACAGCCUCGGUUCCAACGACCGCAACUUCUCAUACUUGCAAGCCAGCAAGAAUAUAGAGUACAUCCAGAGACGCCUGGCAAGUGUGAAGAGGGUCGAUGGCCAGUCUAGCGUGGCACCCGAGCCCGUCGCAAUUGCCACGGAUUCGCCACGACAACGACAGUGA